CGUCAUCUGUCAAAUUUAGCCGAUUUUUCAGUGCGGUGUGGUUUAUUAUUCACAUGGUAUAAAAAUGUCGAUUUUUGCGAGUCCUUUGUCUGUUGCUGGCACCAGAACUUCAGGAGCCCCUGUACGAACUCAAAAUGUCAUGGCAGCAUCCUCCAUCGCCAAUAUCGUCAAAAGCUCCCUCGGUCCCGUGGGACUCGACAAAAUGUUGGUGGACGAUAUUGGCGACGUCACUGUUACAAACGAUGGGGCCACGAUUUUGCGUCUUUUGGAGGUGGAGCACCCCGCUGCUAAGGUUUUAGUCGAAUUAGCACAACUGCAAGACGAGGAAGUGGGCGAUGGGACUACUUCCGUUGUUAUAAUCGCCGCUGAAUUGUUGAAAAACGCCGACGAGCUUGUUAAACAAAAAAUUCACCCGACUUCCAUCAUCAGUGGCUACCGUUUAGCGUGUAAAGAAGCUUGUCGUUACAUCCAAGACAAUCUCACAAUCCCCGUUGAAGAACUAACCCGUCAAUGCGUAAUCAACGUUGCAAAAACCGCAAUGAGCUCUAAAAUAAUCGGCGCCGAUGCUGACUUAUUCGCGACAAUGGUUGUAGAUGCAGCAAACGCAAUAAAAGUCGUGGAUUCAUCGAAAAAUACGAUUUACCCCAUCAAAGCUGUGAACAUUCUCAAAGCGCAUGGACGUAGCGCCAGGGAGAGUAUCCUAGUUCAAGGUUACGCUUUAAACUGCACAGUUGCGAGUCAAGCAAUGCCGAAAAAAAUCGUCCAUGCAAAAAUCGCAUGUUUGGACUUUUCACUACAGAAGGCUAAGAUGAAGAUGGGGGUCCAAGUUUUGAUCAACGAUCCAGAUAAGUUGGAGGGAAUACGUGCUCGAGAAUUGGAUAUUACCAAAGAACGGAUUCAGAAGAUUUUAGCAACGGGAGUGAACGUUAUUCUUGUUAGUGGAGGAAUUGAUGAUCUGUGUUUGAAGUAUUUUGUGGAAAAUGGGGCGAUGGGAGUUAGGAGAGUCAAGAAGGCGGAUUUGAAACGCAUUGCGAAGGCCACGGGGGCGACUUUUCUGACCUCUUUGACUAACAUGGACGGGGAGGAGACUUUUGAUUCAAGUAUGGUAGGGGAGGCGGCCGAAGUUGUCCAAGAACGCAUCUCCGAUGAUGAACUUAUUUUGAUCAAGGGCCCUAAAGCCAGGACUGCAGCUUCAAUAAUCCUCCGUGGGCCUAAUGACUUCUACUGCGAUGAAAUGGAACGUUCAGUUCAUGACGCUCUCUGUGCUGUUAAAAGAGUAAUGGAAUCAAAGAGUGUAGUCGCUGGUGGAGGGUCAGUAGAAGCGGCGCUUUCGAUUUAUUUGGAAAAUUUCGCCACGACUUUGAGUUCUCGCGAACAAUUGGCUAUUGCAGAGUUUGCUAAAAGUCUUCUUGUGAUUCCGAAAACCCUCGCGGUGAAUGCGGCCCAAGAUGCAACCGAUUUAGUCGCCAAAUUGCGAGCGUAUCAAAACACGAGUCAAACCAAGGCCGACUUGGCUAAUUUAAAAUGGGUGGGAUUGGAUCUGAUUGAAGGGACUGUCAAGGAUAAUAAGAAAGCCGGAGUUCUGGAACCGACCAUUUCGAAAAUCAAGUCGUUGAAGUUUGCGACUGAAGCCGCGAUUACGAUUUUGCGAAUUGAUGACAUGAUCAAGUUGGACCCCGAACAGAAGGGGGAUAAGAGUUAUAAGCACGCGAUGGAGAGUGGGGAGUUGUAUGACUAGAGUUUGAGUAUUAAUUUUGUAUUUUACGUCAUUAACACAUUACUACUUAAAAAAAAAAACUCGAAAUAAAAAUUUCACCUACUA